UGGGUUUAGACAGAACAGCACAAUAUGGAUCCCUGUCCCAUUUCCUGGAUUGAAAUUAGGGUUCUCGCUUCAAAGGUUUCACCUUGAUGAUGGGUAAGUGUGCUGUGCAAGUGACCAAGUUCUUUUUUUUCUAGUCGUUUGUGUUUGAACUUUGAUUUCUGUUAGAUUGAACUAAAAUACUUGGGACUUUUUGGGUUCAUUGUAAAAUACUUGAAACUUGGUUUAUAGUAUGUUCAUCAGUGUAGGGAUGACAAUUCUGGACUUGAAAUGGAAUUUCUGUAGAGAAAGAAGAAGAAUUUGACUCCAAGAUGUGAUCUUUUCUUUUGGGGUUUGGGAAGACAUCAAUUUAGUUGUGCUUUUUGGAAUUUAUGGUUGGUUAUUGCUUAAUGCUUCAAUUUCAGUUGGGAUUCUAGAUAUGUAGAGGUUAGAGCUAUCGGAAUGCAGAUGAUAGUUAUUCGCGGACGAAAUUCUGUCUGCCCGUUUGUUCAUAUUAGAUAUGUUCAGAUUAGAGCCUUGAGAAUGUAGAUGAUGCAAUUAUAGAGAAGUUAUGUCAUAUCUGCAGUUCAGUGUGAUAGUUGUUCAUAGACAGUGUUUGAGUAUUUGAGCAUGUACCAAUGUGGGCGAGGUAUCCGCCUUCUAAGUUCAGCUUCAACGAGCAGCAGGAGCCUCUGGGAUCCGACUGUUGCCCUUGAACUCAAUCACCCGACUCUUGCAUUGCUGGAGAAAUGUCGUACGAGGUACCAUUUCAAACAGAUUUUGGGGCAGAUGAUGAGGACCUGUCUCAUCGGUCAAACAUUUCCCAUGAGCAGGCUCCUCACAUUCUCAGCCAUCUCGUACCCUGAUAAUUUAGACAUUGCAAUUCUCCUUUUCAAUCACUAUACUCCUUGUCCUAAUCUUUACAUAUACAAUUGCAUGAUCUCUGCCUUAUCUUUCUCGAAAAGUCAAUCAUUUGGCCUAUACAAGUCCAUGCUCUACUCUGAUAUAUACCCAGAUAAACACACCCUUCUGUACUUAUUCCGAGCAUCCAAGUAUGUAUCAGAUGCAAAGCAAAUUCACUGUCAUGCCAUUGUUACCGGUUUGUUGUCACAGGGAUACCUGCAAAACAGCCUCAUCAAGAUGUAUCUGGAGAAAGGACAAAUGGAGCUAGCUCACCAGGUUUUCCAUGAUCUGCCAACACCAGAUAGGGUCUCAUUUAAUAUCAUGAUCGUUGGUUAUGGACUUCUUAUCUCUUGUGGAGUAUUAGGAGAUGCUCGAAUGGGAAUAUCUGUACAUGCAUGGAUUGAGAGGAGGAAAACCAUUACUUCUUCAAAUUUGAUCUUGGGUAACGCUCUUUUAGACAUGUAUGUGAAGUUCAAUAAACUGGAGACUGCCCGUAAUAUUUUUUAUGCUUUAGUGGAGAAAGAUAUUGUUUCGUGGAACACCAUGAUUGCAGGGUAUGCUAAGGUUGGCAAUUUAGAACUUGCCCACAAUUUUUUCAAGCAAAUGCCUAGAAGAGAUCUUGUUUCUUGGAAUUCAUUGAUUUCUGGCUAUGCCAAGAGGGGUGAUUAUGAGAAGGUAAUUAAGGUAGUCCACAAUAUGGUAGCAGAGAACGCGAGGCCUGAUAAUAUCACUUUGGUUAAUUUGGUCUCUGCUGCAGCAGAAAUUGGAGCACUGGACCAAGGUAAAUGGAUGCAUGGCUUGAUUUUGAGAAUGCAGAUGAAAAUAGAUGCAUUUUUGGGUUCUGCAUUAAUAGACAUGUACUGCAAGGCUGGAAGCAUAGAAAGAGCAUUCUUGGUUUUCAGGGGAUUGACAGUGAAAGAUGUGACCGUAUGGACAACAAUGAUCACUGGAUUUGCAUUUCAUGGUCAUGGAAGGAAAGCUCUGGAUCUGUUUUCUGAGAUGCAGAGAUUUCUAUUGCCAAAUGGGGUGACUCUUGUUGCUGCUCUUACAGCUUGUAGUCAUAGUGGACUUGUGGAAGAAGGGCUCAGCAUAUUCAACAAUAUGAAGAAAAAGUUUGAUAUUGAGCCCGGAAUUGAGCACUAUGGCUGUUUAGUGGAUCUUUUAGGUCGAUCAGGGAGGUUGGUAGAGGCAAAAGAUGUGAUUGAAAAGAUGCCAAUAAAACCAAGUCGAAACAUGUGGGGAGCAAUGCUGAGUGCUUGUAGAGCUCAUAGAAACAUGGAACUAGCCGAAAUAGCUUCCACAGAGCUACUCAAGUUAGAGCCUGAGAAAGACGGUGGAUAUAUAUUGUUGUCUAACAUAUACGCUGCCUGCGGGAGGUGGAGCUCCUCGGAUAAGAUUAGAGAAAUCAUGGAAAUAAGAGGAGUGAAGAAGACCGCAGGUUGCAGUAGCGUAGUUAUUGAUGGAGUUAUCCAUGACUUUGUUGCUGCGGAUAAGCGGCAUCCAAGGUGGGAAGAGAUCUUUCUUAUUUUGCAGUGUCUGAAAAGUGAAAUGAAGCUAGAUGAUACUGGUUUCGCCAAUUUUGAGCCUUGUUUCCAAGGUGGGAAACCAAUGUUACUAGACUCGUGUGAUUUUUUAUUUUAUAGUUUUUAGUUUUGAUUCUUAUUUUGAGCUUGAUGUAGAAGCACUAAGUAUUCUGUGCUAGUUAUGUAUGGCAUCAAACAAGAAUUGUUGCACACCCCAAUGGGUAAGAUUUUAUAUGUAGAUUCUGAAGGUUCAAGUUCUUCACCGAAAUUUGGU